AUGUUGUUCUACUUCCUUCUUCUUCCUGUUGCCCUCGCGCUUGCUCCAAGCGGUCCUUGGAAUGGGUUCAACUAUGCACCCAAGUCAAAGACCAUCUACCUUCAAGCUGUGUACAAAGUCGCAGGUUCUGUGUUUGGUGCUAGCAAACUGGUCGAUAAUACUGGAAGUGCGACUUUAUUUCCAAGUUCAUGGAUUGCGCUGGACUUUGGAAGAGAGGUCGGCGGACUUGUUUCGCUCAAUUUUGACACUGUCGACAAUACAUCUUCAGUAUCUCUCGCCUUCACGGAGUCGCCAAUAUUUGUCAACUCGCUCGCUUCAGAUGACUCUUCGACCUCGACACCCGAUAUGAGCUAUGACGGCGUCUUCACGAUUCCUGCACCAUUGUCUAAGGGAUAUUGGACCCAACCCUCUUAUUCACUACGCGGUGGCUUCCGAUAUUUGACUAUCAUGUCUCAUUCGGAGACCACUCUAGAGAUCUCCAAUGUCUCUUGUGCUAUCUCUUUCAUGCCUCACGUGGAAGAUUUGAGAGCUUAUACAGGUUAUUUUUACGCUUUGGAUCCUGUUUUCCACGAUUCAGAUUUUCUGACGAAAGUAUGGUAUGCCGGUGCAUACACCGUUCAGACAGACACUGUUCCUGUCGACACAGGCCGCCAGUUUCCAUUUCUAUUCGCUUCAACUGGUUGGUUCAAUAAUGGAACAAUUGGGGUCGCAGGCCCCAUACUCGUAGACGGCGCAAAGCGCGAUCGCACAGUAUGGCCCGGUGACAUGGCCAUUUCAACCCCUACUCAGUUCGUCUCCACGUUCGAUUUGAUCUCUACAAGAACCGCUUUAUCGACUCUGUUCGCUUCCAUGGAUCCUGCAACAGGAGCGUUACCAUUUGCGGGUCCUCCUCUCACUCUCUACCUGCAGGGCUCGGACACUUAUCAUGCCUGGACUCUCAUCGGAGCCCACAACUACUAUCUUUAUUCUGGAGAUAAUGAUUGGCUUGGUACCAUCUGGACUAAUUAUACUCGUGCUGUUGCUUUCUUGGAAGGUAAAGUGGAUAGUACUGGGUUAAUGAACGUCACUGGUCUCAGAGACUGGGCUCGUCUGGGCGGCGGCGGAUACAACGCAGAGGGAAAUGCGAUUCUUUACAAGGCAAGUUUCGUUCUUUUGACAGCAUCAGAUCUAGCGAAUUACAUGGGAGACGAGUCCCUCUCGGCAGCUUGGGGAGUAAAUGCCACUGCGCUCAAGGCAAAGUACAACGAAGCGUUUUGGGUGGAAAGCGCCAGAAUGUAUCGAGACAACCUGACGACUACACUUUACCCUCAGGAUGCGAACUCGCUCGCUGUUCUAUAUAAUCUGACUCUGUCGGAUGAUCAGAAGGUCGCAGUGAGCGAAGGCCUGCAAAAGAAUUGGAAUGAUUUAGGGCCAGUAUCUCCAGAGCUUCCGGAUACCAUCUCGCCGUUUAUUAGCGGAUUUGAGCUCCAAGCCCACUUUGAGGCCGGUCAGGACAACCGAGCGUUAGAUCUUUUGCGUCGGGAAUGGGAAUACAUGUUAUACACGAACAUGUCUGUGCAAAGCACCUUACUCGAGGGAUUUACGGCCAACGGCUCUCUUGGAUAUCUAUCUUCCAGAGGAUACGACUAUGAUGCUUCAUAUACGUCACAUGCACAUGGAUGGUCUUCCGGGCCCACCUCUGCGCUGACUUUCUAUGUCUUGGGAUUGACUAUCACAUCACCCCAGGGUGCUACAUGGUCUGCGAAUCCGCAUGUAAAUGGCGGACUUCCCGGGGCUGAAGGCGGUUUUGAAACCUCGCUGGGAUGGUUUGGCAUAAGAUGGCAGCUGCAGAACAAUCACUUCUUCAUGGAGAUCAAUACUCCGGAAGGAACCAAUGGUAGAGUGAAGUUACCGAGGGAAGGCUCUGUCGUGGUUGACGAAAUUGCUGUCGACGUCGGUGCAGAAGGGGAGAUUAUGUUGAACGGAGGGAAACAUGAUAUAGCUAUCUUUAGUUAG